GAACCUUACAUGGAACAAGACAAAGGAGUUACUUUGGAUCUUGGUCAUGACCCAGCAAAGAAUAAGCUUACAUAAGUGUCCAAACAAUACAGAAACACAAAAUCUACCAGUUGUCUCACAGUUCCAUCUCAUGAGCCUCUCAGAGAAUGUAGAACUACAGCCUUUCCUACUUGUGCUGUUUUUAUCCUUCUACAUGGUCACGGUGCUUGGAAACCUGCUCAUCAUUCUGGCCGUGUGCUCUGACUUCCACCUCCAUACCCCCAUGUAUUUCUUUCUCUCCAACCUUUCUUGGUCUGACAUUUGUUUGAUCUCCACUAUAGUCCCAAGGAUGAUUUGGGACAUUGGAACUCAAAGCAGAGUCAUCUCCUAUGUGAGCUGCCUAACACAGAUGUCCAUGUUUAUAGUUUUUGGAUGUAUGGAUAGUAUGCUUCUGACUGUAAUGGCCUAUGAUAGGUUUGUAGCCAUCUGUCACCCCCUGCAUUACAAAAUCAUUAUGAAUCCUAACCUCUGUGCAUUCUUACUUUUAGCAUCUGUUUUGGCCAGUCUUGUGGACUCUCAGGUGCACAAUUUGAUUGUNCUNCAAUUUACAUANUUCANUGNCAUGGAAAUCUCUAACUUNUNUUGUGANCCUUCNCAACUUCUUAAUCNUAACUGUUCUGAAAUGUUCACCAAAAACAUAGUUAUACAUUUUAUUGGUGUCUUUUUUGGUUUAUUUUCAACCACAGGAAUUAUUUUCUCAUACUAUAAAAUUAUUUCUUCCAUCCUGAGAAUUCCAUCAACAGAUGGAAAGUAUAAAGCCUUUUCCACCUGUGGGUCUCACCUGUCAGUUGUUUGCUUAUUUUAUGGAACAUCCAUUGGAGUAUACAUUGGUUCAACUGCAUCGAAUUCCCCUAAAAACUGUGCAGUUGCUUCACUGAUGUACACAGUGGUCACACCUAUGCUUAAUCCCUUCAUCUACAGCCUGAGGAACAGGGACAUUAAAACUGCUCUUUGGCAGCUGCAGAGAAGAGCAAUGUAAUUUUAUAACACCUUCUAUCAUUUUUGAGUUUGAGUUCUUAACCCAACAAUUUAUCCAUAAAAUUAUAACUUCUUUGUUAUUGUGGCUUUCAUUCCACUCC